AGUGGAGAAAGAGAAAGAGAGAGAGAGAGAGAGAGAGAGAGAGAGGAAGAGAGAGAAGCUUGGCCCGACUUAGAAGUGGAGGCGGCGAAUGUAGGUAAAGAACGGAGGAUUUUAAGAGUCCAUGAGUUUUCCAAGCGUAGCCAAUCUCUUGAGAGGACUGAACAGGUGUCCCUAAGGCAGCGGCACACUGCAGUUGUGAGCGUGUGUGCGUCUUUAAAGAAACAUGCCAAGAAAACGGGUAUUAGAAAAAGAUGACAUUUUAAAAGCGAAACGGACAAAAGUUAGCCAUUCCUCACACCAAAGUGACCCAGGAUUGGUGUUGACCCUGGGGCAAGGAGAUCUCGGACAGUUGGGCCUUGGACCAGAUGUGCUGGCACGGAAGAGGCCCGCCGUGGUGAAGCUCCCUGAGAAAAUUAUCCAAGCUGAGGCAGGAGGGGUUCAUACAGUGUGUCUGACCGAAACAGGCAAGAUCUACACUUUCGGCUGCAAUGACGAGGGGGCCCUGGGGAGGGACACUUCAGAGGAAGGGUCUGACGCUGUGCCGGGCUUGGUGGAUCUGAAGGAGAAGGUGGUGCAGGUGUCAGCGGGGGACAGCCACACGGCAGCGUUGACGGAAGAUGGACAUGUCUUCAUUUGGGGUGCUUUCCGGGAUGAAAAUGGCGUCAUUGGUUUAUUAGCCCCUCUGAAAGGCGAAGAGAAUUUGGAGUCUAUCAACGGCAGCUUAUUCCCAGUAGAACUACAGUUGGAUGUCCCAGUUGUUAAAAUUGCCUCUGGGAGCCAUCACUUGGCUUUGGUGUCCAAUACGGGCAACCUUUACACCUGUGGAUGUGGAGACAAUGGUCAGCUGGGACGCGUGCCCCAAAUUUUUGUGGUCCGAGGAGGAAGAAGGGGCUUGGAGCGGCUGUUGCUCCCCCAAGCGGUCACCAUAAAGCAGAGAGGCUGUAAGACCAAAGGCAACAUCAAAGAUGUCUUCUGUGGCUCUUACUCCACCAUUGCCAUUACGCAGGAGGGGCACGUGGUUGGAUUUGGCCUCUCCAAUUAUUACCAGUUGGGUUCCCAAGAAAUUACCACUUAUUAUUCUCCAAAGAUUCUGACAGCAUUUAAGAAUUCCACCCGAUCGUGGGUUGGAUUCUCUGGUGGGCAGCAUCACACUGUCUGUCUGGAUUCAGAAGGCACUGUGUAUAGUCUUGGGCGUGCAGACUAUGGUAUGUUGGGCCUGGGAAAAGAAGUUGGCGAGAAGAACUCUCCCACCGCUGUCCCUGGUUUGCCCAAAUCAACUUCGGUGGCCUGCGGGGAACGAGUUGGCUUUGCCGUGACGGCAGAUGGUCACGCCUUUGCCUGGGGCAUGGGGUCAAACCUCCAGCUUGCCACAGGAGAUGAAGAGGACGUCUGGAGCCCUGUUGAGAUGUCCGGCCAGCAGCUGGAGAACCGCAGAGUUCUUUCCGUGACAGCUGGAGGGCAGCACACCGUCUUGCUUGUCAAGGAUCAACAGAGCUGACAAUUUGUUCCUGCGGCCCCGUCAGGAACCCUCCAGGGGGCGCUCGCUGUCUGAAGCUUUUGGGGCCAGGUUUUGAAGACUUGCCCUUCUUGUGGGGAAAGGAAAAAAACCAAAAACUUUUCAAAGUUUCUUUGGAAAAGAAAAUUAGCUGGAGAUAAAAGAUACUCUUCUGAAUGCUGGAAUUUUGUUGAAAUCCAAAGCAGAUUAUCUUGUAUCGAACGGGGGAACGGAGACCAGCCUUCCCCACCCUUAAAAAAAGGAAAAAGAAUCAGUGUCUGAAAAAUCUGUUUUACUACCAUUUUUUUGCUUUCACUAGCUGUUUUUCCAUGCUUUUAUCGAUCGUUGAGUCACUUGGAAUUUCCCCCGGUUCUGUGGGUUUUGGGGCUUCACCUCGGUUGCGUUCUUAGCUAUUUAUUCUUCCCUUUUAAACGUUUUUAAUCCCUCGCAAUGCUUGCAAUUAACUGUUGGGAAGUGCGGUCUCUUCAAUUUAAGUGCGAAAAAGCCUGCUGCUGCUUUUCACCAGGUGUCGUCUUUUGCCUAAAGCAGCAGAGUAAAUUGCGAUGGCACCAAGAGCCGUUUUAUAGUUCAUGGCAUCGGUUGCUCUCACCGAGAUCUCUUCUUCAAGAUUUUCAGGGUUAUGUAGGCAGAGUACAUCAUCACCUCCAGCCAGUGAACUCCAGGGGACAGGCUGCUUCAGAGGGAGGAACAGCGUAAAUAAGCACAUUUUCCAAGUUGGAUGCUUUAACAAAAGGAUGCACAUUGGUUCUACUUUCCCUUAUUCCAGGAAAAGAAGGCCUUUAUCCUUGUAGGAAAUCUGAAUUCCUCAAUCCUUGUAAUUAUGGUUGGGGGAGAAAGAUGGUUCCUAAGUGGAGAGCAGGUAAAAGAUUUCUCCUUUUUGGAGAAAUUCUUGAGUGUUUCCUUAUAGAACCAUUACUAUAACUCCCAUUGAUGUAGUUGCUAAUCUCCCGAACAACUAAACCUGAACAGAGACUUCCAAUGACCCAGCAUUGCUCGGGGCAUCCAACAAAUCCUGUUUUUUUUAUAUUUUUAAAGUGGCACCUCUGGUUAUUUUUUUCCUGGAAAAGUUAGGCCCUUAAAUUUAGGAGACCAGCUUCAAGUUCUCUCAGGUGUUCCUUCGUUAGUUGCCUUGCAUGAAUAGCAGAGUGAUUUUUUCCCCCUCAACUUUUCCGUGUGGGGCCAUGCUUUUAAACCAUAUUUUCAAUUUAGUUUGACAGAGACAGGUAAAACGGCUUGUUCAAAGGAGCUGCUUGUCAGUCGAUUCUUAACAAAGAUGAAAGGAGCAAAACCAGCCCAAGAAAAACCAUGGUUAGAUCACAGAAAGUAAGACAGACUGAGAUGGAAACCUUUGUGCACGCCAGCCACGUUCUGUCAUCUCCCACAGCUAAAAUUUCUUGCAAUUCUAGAAAAAUUUUAGGUGCGUUUUUAAAAUAACGGAGUUCCUGCGGCUUCAGGAAACCAGGGGAAGGGGAAAUUUGGAGAGGUAAAGAAAUCAUAUAUAUAUAUAUAUAUAUAUCUUUGGUAGCAUUUUCAAGGAGGCACAUCUGUGAAAUCCUAACGUUUGAAAUAAAUUUGAGUUUUGAUA